AUUUUGUGUCACGUGACGACAUUCGCUCGCUAAAAGAAUCAAGAUGGCGUUCCUGUCAAACUUUCCGAAGGCUGCUCUUCAAAUUCAGCUUAAAUCAGCUGGAGCUAGAUGCUUCAAUGCUUCAACCACAACACAGUCUUCAAAAUCCAAGAAGACCCUAGCCAAGCCCAAUGUGCGCAAUGUGGUGUUGGUGGAAGGGGUCCGUACUCCCUUCCUUAUGUCGGGCACAGACUAUAAGGACCUCAUGCCUCACAAUCUGGCAACCAAGACUCUGUCGGGUCUUAUCAAAAGGACAGGUGUUGAUAAAGAUGUCAUUGACUAUGUUGUGUAUGGAACUGUGAUUCAAGAAGUGAAGACAAGUAACAUUGCCAGAGAGGCCAUGCUGAGUGCUGGUUUCAAGGAUACAACUCCUGCCCAUACAGUCACACAGGCGUGUAUCUCUUCUAACCAGGCCAUCACUACAGCUAUUGGCCUGAUAGCGGCGGGUCAGUGCGAGGCAGUGGUGGCAGGCGGGGUGGAGUUCAUGUCAGACGUCCCGAUACGGCACAGUCGAAAGAUGAGGAAGAUCAUGCUUGACUCCAGCAAGGCCAAGACCACGGGCAAGAAACUGCAGCUACUGUGGAAGGCCAUGUCCCCGGCUGUCUGGACCCCUGAGUUGCCUGCUGUUGCUGAGUUCUCCACCAGUGAGACAAUGGGUCACUCUGCUGAUAGACUGUGCACAGCCUUUGGAAUUACCCGCCUGGCGCAGGAUGAGUUUGCCAUGCGGUCCCACAAGUUCGCAGCCGAUGCAAUCCAGGCUGGACUGCUCACAGACGUGCUGCCAUACAAAGUGCCAAAGGUGGCUGAGUACAUAACAAAGGACAAUGGAGUCCGGCCUUCCUCUCUUGAACAGAUGAGCAAACUGAAGCCAGCCUUCAUCAAGCCUUUCGGAACUAUCACAGCCGCCAAUGCUUCAUUCCUAACUGAUGGUGCCUCUGCCUGUCUGCUGAUGUCAGAAGAGAAGGCCCUCUCUCUGGGCCUCAAACCCAAGGCCUACCUCCGAGACUUUGUCUACGUCUCACAGGACCCCAAGGAUCAACUGCUGCUGGGACCAGCCUAUGCUACCCCCAAGGUGCUGGACAAGGCCGGACUCAGUCUGGCAGACAUUGAUGUCUUUGAGUACCAUGAAGCAUUCGCAGGACAGAUCCUUGCAAAUUUGACAGCUUUGGAAUCAGAUGAAUUUGCAAAGAAAUUCUUGGGAAAAUCUGCAAAAGUUGGAGCGCCAAAAAUGGACAAGUUUAAUCUAUGGGGAGGAUCUCUAUCGUUGGGUCAUCCGUUCGGAGCCACAGGUGUACGUCUGGUUACCACUGCAGCCAACAGGCUGAUCAAAGAGAAUGGGCAGUAUGCGCUGGUAGCAGCCUGCGCGGCAGGUGGCAUUGGUCAUGGCAUGAUAGUGGAACGUUACCCAUCAUCAAAGUGACCUGCAGGACCGCCCAUGGCAAUGCAAUGACUGUGAUGUUCAUGUACAAUGCUAAUGUAGUGGGACAGAACAACAUGAGAAUAUGUGUGAUAUGUUAAAGUUACAAAUCAUUCUUGUAUUGAAAACAGAAAUAAGUUAUUUAUGAAUUGUUAAGAACAAAUGGCAAGUUAAAUUUGUUGACAGUAUGAUUGAAAUUCUAACAGUUUUUUUUAAUAGUAGUGGUUCAUAAAAAAAAUUCUCAGAUUUAAUAACAAUCAGUCAGUAUUUUUUUAUAUUUUAUUGUUCUUUGGUCAUUGCAAACAUGAUUUGUUCAUUAGCCUCAUUCAUGUUUUAAUUACAUGGAUUAUUCAGUGGUUUGCACAUUUCCAUUUGCACGAUUUUCAUAUGUACAUGAACUGAUACUUGAGAAUGAAAUUACAUUAUUACAAUGCUUGUGCAGGGAUACUAACUGCAAUAUAGAGUAAAUAAGGAUGGUACACAAUUUAUUUUUUAUUGAUCUGUGAAGUACUUAGUGUUAUUUGCACAGUUUUUAUAAGUUUCUGGUGAUAGGAAAUACUAAGUGCAUAAAAACAUCCCGUUAAAAAACUGGAUGCUGGUUUGAAUUGUAUAUUAACUAUCAAAUGAAAGACAGACAUUUACCACUACUCAUUAUGCCACAUAUGGAACAUAAUCCCAAUACCUCUGUUUGUAUUUGUAUGAGUAUCCUUAAUUGUUUAUUAUAUUAAAUAUUAGAUUAUUAAUAUACCAGAUGAUGUAUUUGGCAAAUAACUGCAAGGUUCAGGAAAGCAUUUCUAUUUGAGAAUUUUGUGUCAUCAAUAUGUGAAAAAUGAUGUUUGUGGCGGUGGUUUGUACAUUAUAACUUAUUUGUUCUAUAUAUAUAAUAUGAACAUUUAUAAUGCUCUAUGUUCAUUGUGUUUUCCCAAACUUUUUUCAUAUUCAUUUAAGUUGUAAAUAUGUGUAUUGGACAAUGAAAUGCACAAUAAAAACAUGACCAAUA